CUGUCUGCCGGACAAAAGGCGAAUCUGUCUGACGGCGGAUUGAAGCCCAAUUAGAAGCAGAGGAGACAUUUUGGGAAAACUGUCAGUGUCUGUGUGUCCCUGCGCCCCGAGGCGAUAGAUAUAUGGUAAAACAAACAUCCGCGGAGGCUCUUGGACUGGAAUAAUAAGGAUGUUCCAGCAGUGUGAGGAGCCUCGCUUCACCAUCGAGCAAAUUGACCUCCUCCAGAGGCUACGGAGGACGGGCAUCACCCAGGCAGAGGUUCUCCAUGCUCUGGACACCCUGGAUCACCUGGAUCGGCAGCAUGGGCACAAGUUGACCCAUAAACCUUCCUAUAUGCCACCUUCGUCUUCCAGCACUGUCGCCGCCUCUUCUUCCAUGACUUCUACCGCCACUCAGACAAGUUUUCCCAACAACCGCCUCUCAUUGUCCCCUAAUAACAACUUUGACACCACCUCCCCACCUCUGCCUGUUCCGGUAGCCUCACCUAAUACCAUAACAGCAGUAGUGCCAAACGGUUUGGUUGCCGUUACCAAUGGGAAGCUUUCACCACCCCGGUUUCCUCUUGGGGUGGUUAGCGCUACUGUAACCACACCAGGGUAUGCGUUUGAAGCUAGUGAAGAGGACAUAGACGUUGAUGAAAAGGUGGAGGACUUGAUGAGGAGGGACAGUGCUGUGAUCAAGGAAGAGAUUAAAUCCUUCCUGGCGAACCGACGUAUAUCCCAGGCUGUGGUUGCUCAGGUAACAGGGAUCAGUCAGAGCCGGAUCUCCCACUGGCUCCUACAGCAGGGAUCGGACCUCAGCGAGCAGAAGAAGCGAGCGUUCUUCCGCUGGUACCAGCUGGAGAAGACCAAUCCUGGUGCUACUCUGGCAAUGCGAGCCACCCCCAUACCACUGGAGGAGGUGAUGGACUGGAAUCAAGCUCCUCCUACAUUUGGUUCGGCCCCCGGGGGCUUCCGUCUGCGACGAGGGAGCAGAUUUACCUGGAGGAAGGAGUGUCUGGCUGUCAUGGAGGGCUAUUUCAAUGAUAACCAGUAUCCCGAUGAAGCCAAGAGAGAGGAGAUUGCCACUGCCUGCAAUGCUGUCAUACAGAAACCAGGAAAGAAGCUGUCUGAUUUGGAGAGGGUAACAUCCCUGAAGGUCUACAACUGGUUUGCGAACCGCCGCAAAGAUAUCAAGAGGCGUGCUAAUAUUGAAGCAGCCAUCUUGGAGAGUCAUGGCAUCGAGGUUCAGAGUCCAGGAGGUCAGUCCAACAGCGACGACGUGGAUGGCAACGACUUCCCUGACCAGGGCUGUGAGGUGUCCUUAUUUGAUAAGAGACCUUCAGCAAGGCAGUUCAGUUUCAGUCGAGCUGACCUGUCCUCUCCAACCCAGGUUCCCACACUGCUUCCGAGCUGGUUUUCUGCCCUGGGUAGAGGGGGCGUGUCUGGACAGAGGGCCGCAUCUCUUAUUGGUCGCUCCCUAAUAUCAGGCGCGGUUCCUCAGAUGGAAGGUUCCAGACUAACAGGUGUUUCCUGGUCCCCUCCUUCCCCCUCUCUCCAGGACGAGCCCACAGUUCACAGUGCCCUGUCCGAGGCCCAGGAUCCAGUCAGUUUGGAGAAGGCGGCGGCAGUGAGUGACAGCAGCCCGGUGGUAACCAAUCAGGGGGAUGGCGCAGGGUGCAGCGUGGGGAAUGACAUCAAGACGGAGACUCUGGAGGACGACUGAAAGGAGGGGAAGAUAUCACAGCUGUCAGAGCGAUAAACAGGUGUCAUUAUAUGCAAGCAGAUUUUAUAGGAAUGUAAUAAUAAGUGGAAAAAAAAUGACCAAAAGUCGUGUAAAGUCCAACCCUGAGAUACCUCCCAACCCUACCUCCAACCACCAACCUGCUCUGCUACGCUCGUAUAGGCAUUAUUAUUGUAUUAUAAUUAUAAUAUUAACAAUAAGCUUUUAUUUGUUAGUGUUCCCCAGCAACCUGUGGAAAAUUUAAAAUGUACCUAAAAACAAAUCCAGCAAAGAAAGUGAAAUAGGACGCACCUAUAAGGGAACACAUGCUGUAGCUGUCCGUUUUCUUUGUUGAUUGUUUAUGUUGAGGCAUUUUAAAUCUUCCAUAGAAGGCUGAUAAACAGGACUUUCAUGCAUUGUGCAGAUUUUCUUGGAAAACUGCUUUUUUUUUCACAGCAGGACAACACUGUAUUUGACAUGGAAUUCCAAACAUUUCAGGGUCUUGCACUGUGAUCACAACACAACUUAACAGCCUCAAAAGAUAAAUGCGUUCAUUUUAGUUUAUAUUAACUGAUAGUUAUAAAGUGUUGCAGCACAUUUCAUCACAGUUCUUUAUAUUUUAUAUUUAAUCUUAGGGUAACAGCAUAUAAGUAAUCUGUCUCUGGGCCCAAAAUGUCUGAAAAAUGUUUAAGAAAAAAAAAGAGAGAAAAACAGUAUGAGCCUCCCCUGCCUGAUAAGAUAAACUCAAUGUGUAGAAGCAGCAAAGGCCAUAAUGAUUGAAACACCGAUAAUGCAAUUUUAUCAUUACUAAAUCUUUCAGGAUUUAUUGUUUUUACUUGUAUUCAGAUUUUACUUGUAUUCGUGUGGUUACUUAUAUGCUGCAAGUUUAUAUUGAAAAUUCAGCCGCCUAAGGUUUUCAGGCACUAAUUUGGACUUAAAUGUGAUUUAUUUCUAUUUACAAUAGUGAAAUUACCCUUUAUAAAUAUUUAAAUACUGUGAAUUUAGUAGCGUUUAAACUAAUUAGGGCCUCAGUUUCCAGUGAGAAUUUAAAUCCUGUAUGGCUUUACUUUGCUUCCAAAUCAAUAACAAGUUUGUUUUUUUGUUUUUUUUUUCAUUUUUUUGUUUUGUUUUGAGAGAGUUGUAUGAAAACUAGAAACCUGGGCGUCCUUGUGACCGGGUGACGUUUAUUCAUUCGUACCCAGUUACCUGCUGGAUUAUAUAAUUAAUAAUCAACACAUAUCAUUCAGCUGAGAGGAAGUCAGUAGUGUCAAAAAGCUGUUUAAAUACUAAAGAUUAAAAUGUAAAGUGAAUAAAUACAGAUGGGUGAUAAAUUAAAGGAAACUGAACCACUUAACUGAAACUGAACCUACAGUGUUAGGAUCCAGUUUGGGCCUGUUUGUCCCUGUAGAGGGAAAGGUCACAAUAACUCUACUUUCCUAAUAAGGGCGUUCUCUUCCAGGCUGGCAGUGCAUUGUAUCUUUAGGCAUGCAGUCUGCAUAUAGCUUUCAGACGUGCUUUAAGUUUUUCUAAACAUGGUCUAUCUUUUGAUUUUCAUUUUUUUUUUAAAUGGUUAUCUUUUGAGGUGAAAAAGCAAGUAUGUUUGGUGUUAAUGUCACUGGCUGGAGGCCAUUGAUUGGUAAACAUUUGGUGCUUGGAAAGCAGCUGUGGCUGAGAGAGCCAUUCAUAAACUGAUUGGAAGAUUAGUGGUUCAGUUUGCACGUUGAAUUGUCCUUGGGCAAGAUGCUGAACCCCAUAUUAACACAUUUGAGAUGUUCAAUACGGGUGCUGAUAUGAUAGUUAGUAAUGUAAAAAACCUGAUAUUCCGACUAUAUUGGCCCAUAUGUUUUUUCUUUCUCUAACAUUUGUUGUGUAGCUAUUUAUUUACUUGUUUACACUCUGGUUUUUGUGUUUGCAUUGUACCAAACGUAGACAUUUGAAACGUGUUUGCUGUUGUAAGUGCUGAUGCAAUAAGUAAGUGGCUAAUAUCAUUGCCCCCGAUGUAUCUAUCAGAGCGCGAGUGUUUGCACCAUAUUCUUAAAGGCCCAUAGUAUGCAAGCACUAUAUGAAUACAGGUCUAUUUAACAUUCACCAGUUUGGCAGUGUUGGGUUGUGCUUAUUUUGUGUGAGCCGAUGAACAGGAAAAAAAUGAGCCAAGAAAACAACUUUUGAAAACAGAAAGCAGACUCUUGUAAGCUGUGAAGUCACCAGACUGUCACCAGAAUUACACUCACUUGGGCACCUAUGGGAGAAUGUGGGCUAGUUAGAGAGGACUCUGAAAACACCAAAUGAGGGAAUAUGUUUUGGAGGAAUGCUGUUCAUCCCUGUAGUAGAGUUUUAGAAAUUUGGAGAAUCACUGAAUUUCCAGUGCAUGAAGGGCCAACACCUUGACACGACAUUGGGUUUUUCCUUUAAUUUGUUACCCAUCUUUCUAAUAUGUGUGUGUGUGCGUAGACACACAGACUAUACUUAAAUACAGUAUAUCUAUCCAAAUCCAUUUCUUUGUACACUAUAUAGACAUAUUAGCUUCAAAUGAGAGAAACUAUCAGUAUGAGUCUUAUCAUGUUGGUGAAAGACGAGUGAAACAUUAGCCAAAGUAUUAAGUUUUAAAAUUUUGUGUAUUUUCUGAGUGUAUGAUAAUCAUGGAUGAAACUGUGUGUUUGAGAUAUGCUAAUCAAAGACGCAUCAGAUGUGUUAAAAACUAUUUCAAGCAAAUGCAUCAUUUUUAUAUUCUUUUUCAGGUAUAUCUGUGUUUGUGCUCGAUAUGCCAUGUGUUCAAAACACACACUGUCACUUUUAAGCUGUAUUUUCAUUUUGAAUGACACUUAAUUUGUUUAUGGUGCUUUGAGUCCUUGUUGAUAUAUUUCACUAGUCACUAAGACUGACUGACAGGCCAGAGGAGGUUAUUUCUUUUGAAAUCACCAUAAGAAGAAAUCUCCUUUAAUAAUUAAAAAACCAAGUAAAUAUUUGAGGUAAAAUUGAGGAUAUUUAAGGUUAGUACAGCCAUUGUAGAAGUAUUUUUAAAAGCUGAAGGCAUGGAAGCGUCUAAUAAGCCAUAAUUUAACUGUCUAAGUCAGAUACACUCCUUGGUCUUCACAUGUGGGUUCAAAACACCCAAGACAAUAAUGGCGAAGAAGUCCAGAUGUGGGUGACGUCACAGCGAUGCCGUCUUUACUAAACUGCUCGUGGUUCAUAUUGUUAAAGCUCCAGAACCCUAAAAUAAUUUCCAGAUCAGUUUUGUAGUGAAUACAAAAUCAUCCACCGGUCAAAAGUGAGUAAGGGCUCUGGGGCUUUUGGUUUAAACGCCGUCCUAGUCAUGCACUCCCAAAAUGUUCUGCACACUAAGCACCGUGCUCGGAGCGUUUCAACUACACUAACAGAAAUGUCAUAGUGAUCCAAGCUUUGUACGUACGUCCUGUUCCACCAGAGUCAAGGAGGAGACAUGGCUCCUCAGCUGCUUAAUGUUCCGCUGAUGAACAUUAAGAUAAUUGAAAGAUAUACGGUCACAAGUAUGUCUGAAGGAUCCAGGAUUUUAACUGAAGAUUUUGACAAAAUUUUGACUCUGGCUUUGGCUGAAAAUGAGCUCAAGUUUGUAGGCGAGAAAAGCAAAACAAUGGGUUAAAACACGCUAAAAAAAAGUAAGGAUGACUGCAGUCUCCAGUAUGAGCAACACGCACACAGACAGACACUUACUAACCUUUAAAACAAAAUAAAAAAAAGUGAGUGCAGCUCAGUGGGGGAUCACUGCUGACACUAUCAUUCAACACUAUCAGUCCAGCUCUUACAUUUGCUUACCUUUUACAGCUGACACUAAAACCUUCUCAAAGGCUAAAACAUUAAUAAUACUACAGUGCAGUGUAACACUUGAUAGAAACCUAAAUGCUUAUGAAGGUGCAGCACACCUCAGCUUCAUGCUUAAGUGCCUCAUUUUUCUCAGCGCACUAACAGAGGAUCAGUGCAUGAAGAAGACUUCUACAAUGGCUGUACAUUUUUAACCGUACUAAUGCAGGCGAGUUAAUAACAUGAUGUUCUGUUACACUAAAGCGGCUUCAUUCAAACCGGUUCAUCGUCACCAGGUGCUUUACAGGCUAAGCUACUAGUUCAGAGUUUAAAAACUCAACAUAUAUACCUCGCUCCCUCCCAUUCAGCUAUAAGCUACUCCCCGCAGGUUUGUUCACAGCUGCUUCAAUGUGAAUCAAAGCUUCAAACUAACUGUCGAGCUGAUUUGUGUCAGUCCCGUCUGGAUCAAACUGUGACAAGGCCAUAAAGAUGAUUCACGCUGGCUGACAACAGAAGCGUCAGCGGCUUUUCAAAAGGGAAAUUUCUCCUCAAACUAGAGCCAGUAAAUAUCACGUUUAAAGGGAAUUUACUCAUUUAUGAGCUCCAACGUCCACCAGGGUCCAUAAAAUACGAAAUAGUCUCUCUGUCAUUCUGGUGGAUUUCAGUGUUUCGGGCUAAAUGUCUGAGAAACUUUGUUGCAUGGUGGAGGAUUUCUUUAAUUGUGCGGCAGCAGAGCUGUCCUGGGUGUCUUUGCUUUAAGCAUUUGAGACAUUAUUAGUCAGUUAUGUAGCUUUCUGUCAUUUAAUGAUUUACACCAAAAUUUACAAACCCAUCAAAGGGUUACAGAUCGUUUUUUAUUUAGUUUUUUUCUUUUUAAUCUGCUAAGCAGAAGCCUUUCUGAAAUGAAUCUAUGGAUUCAUUUAGGCCAUUGUGCUAUUUUGAGAUUAUUCUUUUUUGCCUUCAUGGUCUUCUCAUGACAUUGCAUUUUGGAGGUCUGAAGCAGCCAGUUAGUGUGAGUUUGUGUCAUUUUAGCUAUUUUGUACAUAAGAAAAAGGGAAAGAAAACUGCAAAUGAAAAAUAAAGGCAAGGUCACAGUCUUAGUUUGAUUACCCAUCGCGGUCUAUUAAAACGAUUGGAUAGAUAAAUCUGAGGUGGAUCUGUGUCAAUAAUUUGUUAAGCACCACCAGGAGACCUUACAAAAGUGAGAGUAAACACUGAUUUAAACGUUAAGAAAUAAGCUAAACCUUCUUACAUAAAGAACCCAUAUUUGCUUCUAAUAACAGAAACCUCAGUCUUUUCUGGUGUUUACUGUGCUUUUGUUUGUCUGUUUUGAUCUAAAUGGACUCUUUUUGUGCCAGAAACUGCCUAAUACAGUUAAAGUUCUCAUAAAAUAAAAAGCAGUAGGACAGAAACAGAAAAGCCUUUGCUCGUGCUGCGUGUUUCCAUCUGCCUUCAGUCCUCUGUUGCCUUGUUGAACUGUUUUUCUUUGUUUGUUUGUUUUUUGGAACAUCUACCUGUGCAUAUGUUUGGCACUGACUACACCUUGACUCGUCUUUACCUGUGCCAUAUCCCGCCGUCACUUUGGCCGGUGGUCCACAUAGUACAGCAAAUACUUUAUUCAACAGGAAAGUUUGGAUGUGCGAUGCUUCCUUUAACAAAAUCAGGGUGCAUGUUAAGGUUGAGACUGAUGCCUCUCAUGUGAGGUGCUUUCAUUCCUCCUUCAUUGCUCAGUGUUGUGAUAUGCAGUUUCACGUUUAAAGAGUUAAAAAAAAAAAAAAAAAAAAUCUGUUUUUUGGGUUUUUUUUUUUUUAAAUUAAGGUGAAAAACACAUCUAUCAUCCAUGUGGUCAACGUGAAAUGGAGACGCUCCGGUGUUGAUGUUCUCAUGUAAUCAGCCAGGAGGAAAACAAGCAGUGGUUGCCAUUUCACUGUGGCAAUAAGCUCUUCAAUAAAUCUCUGUAAAAUGAAAAAUAUCAAACCUCAGCAGGAUCUUUGUUGUAUCAGUUUAAAUUGAUUUUUCUUUGUUUAUUUGCUUCUUUUCUAUUUCAGGAUUUAGUGCCUUUUUUGGACAGUAGACUGUUCUGUAAUCGCUAUGUAGAAACUCUACAUAGGCCUUUUGUUACUUUUUCAUCUGUUGGAUAAACCUUAUGUUAUAUUUAAGGUGUGUUUUUAUUGAUAUUCUAUUUACAAGGGAAUAAAAACUGAUCAGACUCCA